CAUGACCCGGAGCUGGCGGUGGCUGCAGGGGCUGGUUCUCGCCUGGCUCCCCAUAGGCUGCCUCUCCCUGCUUGUGAUAGUGCAGGAUAUUGAGCGAUACACCACUUUAUUUGCUUCUGUGAUCCUCAAGUGUGACUACAGCACUUCAGCACAACUGCAGGAUGUAGUGGUGACAUGGCGCUUCAAAUCCUUCUGCAAGGACCCCAUCUUUGACUACUACUCUGCCUCCUACCAGGCUGGGUUAGCUCUUGGCCAGGACCCAUCCAAUGACUGUAAUGACAACCAGCGGACAGUGCGCAUCGUCAUUCAGAGACGUGGUCAGAGCGAGCCUGUGCUAGGCAUAGAGUACAGACAGCGCAAGAUCACCAUCCAGAAUCGGGCAGAUCUUGUGAUCAAUGAGGUGAUGUGGUGGGACCAUGGAGUCUACUACUGUGCUGUUGAGUCUCCAGGAGACACUGCAGGUGACCCAGACAAAGAGGUUAAGCUCGUUGUUCUGCAUUGGCUCACGGUGAUCUUCAUCAUUCUUGGUGCUCUCCUCCUCCUCAUAGUGAUCGGGGUGUGCUGGUGCCAGUGCUGCCCCCAACACUGCUGCUGCCAUGUCCGCUGUGCCUGCUGUCCAACCCGGUGCUGCUGCAAUGAGGAAGCCCUGAAACGACAUCGGUUCAUGAAGCAGACUCGGACACUCAUGCCAUGGAUGACACACCACCCGUUCUACGUGGGAGCUGACAGGAACUCCCAACUCUCCUCUUACCAACUGAACCCAUUGCUGCAAAAAGAUGUCUCUCUGCAGAGCAGCCUCCCACUGGUGCAUUCACAGGGCCAGCUGCCUCCCAAAAACAACAUCCUGGACUAUCUGGAGUCUGAGAUCCAAAACCUCAACCUAUCCCAGCCCCUGCUACCCUCCCACCACUUUGGAGCCAACCAGCAUCCGAGCGUGCUCUCCUCCCUGAGCUCGGAGGUUGUGGAGCGCAGGGUAAUCCAGCUGCCUCCCAUCACUGAGCUCAUCCCAUCCUCUCAGAGAAGCAGUAACUUGUCACACCUGCAGCGAGCUGGCCAUGCUGCAGGACCCUGGGACUCCACAACAGAAGAUGAGAGGGAGGACUGGAGAAGACGCCAGCCCUUGGAUGGAGAUUCUCACUCCAGCUUCAAUCGGGAAUCCUGGGACAAGGGACGAGACCAGCCACCUCAGAGGCAGGGGGAGGGCAGCUAUGAGGGCAGGCACCGGAGUUCAAGGCAGGAUGUUUCACCCAUGCGCCGACCAGACCGUGGUAGGUAUGGUGGCAUCUUCUACCCUGAGGAGGCCAGGGAACGCUCGGGCCGCCGCUUCGACCCCAGGCAGCAGCCUUUGGAGAGGCAAAAGUAUCAACACUCCAACAGAAAGGGCAGCAAUUCGGAGCAGCGGGGUCGCCAGCAUCGCAGCUCCUCUCCUCCAAUGCGGCGAGAGUCGUGGAGCUCAGCAGAAGAGCAUGAUCGCUUCCAGGGGAACAAUAGACAACGCCACCAUCGCUCCCCAGGUUGGCCAGAAGACAAGCCGCCCAGUUACCGCUCACUGGAAAUCAUCCCAGCCAAGGACAGCAGACAUAGAAGCAGCGUGGGACAGCAGUCGGAAAAAGGAAGUUCCCGCAGUGGGAAAAGCAUGGUCAUUUAACACCAUGGUGGAAGGACUGAAACUCUCAAUGGUUCUGUUUUGGGGCUUCCUUUUGCCAUCCCAGUGUGUAAUUUGAGAUGACUACUUCUGACUGAAAAGGAGACCUGCAACAACUGGAUAAAAUAAAAUGUAGUGGAGACCAAGGAGGAAUCUGUAUGAAAGGUGCCAGGAGUUCAGUGGCUUUAUAACAUCUGAAAACCUUCUUAUUCCCUCCUUACUCUAGAGACUUUGGUUUCAAACAGACCCUGGUUGUGGAACGUGGUCCCUUUGAGAGUAGAGCUUCUGGUGACACUGAACAAAUAGCAUGUCCUCCCUCUCUGACUUCGAAUAUCACCAAAUGUUGUGCAUGUGGCCCUGAGAUUCAGCACCACACGUUCGAAUGUUCGCUGUGACUAACAAGUGAUUGUUUCCUUUUUGCCUCAGUGAGUUUCUGUGGUACAGUCCUUGAUGAAACUGCCAAGCAAACAAUUUAUUGUGCGGUAAAGGAAGCGUCAGAAGGCUGCGCGCACAUGCAGAUCUAAGUGCACUCUCUACAAGAGCGCACAGCAACUUCUGUGCUUGGAAAAACACCUGAAAAUUGCCAGUGCUUCCAGUUUAUAUUGACACGUACCUUGAUAAGGACAUGGAGAAGCUCUGCCUGGCCAUUUGACCCAGACUCUAGUGUAUUCAUGAGUUCAAAGUACUAAUCUACAAGGUUCUGUUAUCAUAGGCUGAUGCUGAGCUAUGGGUAACUGCCAUCCUGGCAACAGUGGCCUGAUUUUCAAAGUUACCACGCUCAUGCUUGUUUUAAGUCAAUGGGAGCUUGGUGAUACCCUGACACCUCCAAAAAUGAUGCCCUUUGUGGGUGGGUGUUUUUUUGUGUUUGAGGAAUCCACCCUUUCCUGAGCAUUUCAUGUGCUCUGCUUUCGUUCUUGGCCUCUGUCCUCCUGUGGUGCAUAUGGGGAAAAUGGGCUCUAGAAGACAAGUCUUGUCCCCUGCUUUGCUAGUGCCCUCCUAACAUGCUAUUAGGGAGCUGAUCUUUACCCUGAACAUUGCAUUUUUCCUAAACUUGUUGCUCAACGAAUCUGUGGUUGGGUUACUAUUGGAUUAAGGUGUCAGCCUAUAAGUUACCCUGUAACUAAAAGCAAAGAGAGAAUUUCCUUUGGAAACCAAUUGUAACAGGCAGAAUAGCAGGUCAGUCUGUAGGUGUUUUUUUCUUUGCUAUGUUGCAAAAGACGAGACAAAAGAAUCCUUUUCUCUGGAUGUUGAGAUAAGAGGCUUCUGAUCACCAUGGUAAAGCUGCUUUCUAAAGGCACUUUGUGAACUGCUGACAGUAGGGUUCAGCUCUUUGUGUGGAGCUUUGGGAAUGGCUUGUAUAUUAUUUUGUAAUUCGCAACACCUAAAGGUUGGUCAAGACCUAUUCUUACUUCAUCCAGUCCAUUUCCCAGCUGGCACAGGAUUGCUCUCUGCAAGACACUUUAAAACUAAAACUAUCAGUGGAGUGUCUGCCACUUCCUUUGGGAAACUAGCUUACAGGAGUGAUUUUGAAAAUGACCCUUUUUUUGCACUCUUGUAGGGAACGUCCCUCUGGAAUUCAUAUAAAGUGCUUUUUCUCCCUCCCUGGGGCUGUGCACGCCAAAUAAAUGAACUCAGGAAUAGUCCUGGUGCAAGUAUCAAUGGAGUGGUGUUACCACACUAGGUGUGUUCUUUAUGUUUGUGGUUUUUCCCUUUGCUUAUACUUGGGCAGUACUGCAACACAGUAGCAGUGCUUUCUCUGGGUGUACUGUCCCACAGUUCCCAGCACUGCUGCCUGAAGCAGUGGCUGCGAGUGGAUUCUGAAAGGCCAUCUGGUAACCUAGGGCCACUGUGAAGGGAGUCAAAUUCCCACAAUUCCCUGGGAACUAGUGACAUUUCUUCUCUCAAACUGAGGGCGAAGGAUGAACAUCCAGCUCCCUCUUAUUGUUCUAUAAGAGGGUCUUUUUCUGGAUUAUCCUGAAAGAGUUGGAGACCAAGGCCAACAACUGAUGGGACAUCUUAUGUAAUGAUCACCAUCUUGGCCAGUACAGCAGGGAUUGAAACAGGGACCGUUAGAGCUAAAAGCUUGAGAUCAAAAACCAGGCUGUACUGCAGGAGACUAACACACUCACCUCUUCCCUGGACUGGGGGCUGUAUAACUUGCAGGGACUACUAAGUCACACAUGCCCCACACAUGGAAUAGCUGGCUCCAUACAGAACUUGAGGAUGAUGCUCCCAGGUCUAGUGUUGCUUCUGGGUCUGUUCCACGGCUGCACAUCUGUGUAAUCAAGUUCAUCUUGAGAGCUGUGAUGGACACAGCAGGGACUGCCUAGUUUAAUGUUAGAGAAGACUUUUCUGUAUUUCCAUUGUGAACUAACCCUAACAUUGCAGCAACCAGAAUGUAAAGAUGAGAUCUCCAUUCCCCAUAGAAAAAAGAGACAAUUGCUCUGUGGAAUCUGGCUAUCUUGGAUGGAUCUGUGAAAACUGUUUGUUUAAAGAUGAGAUUUCAAUGAUAUGUUGAUGGUAGUGGUACUUAUGUAAUUCUGAUGGUCUUAAUACAUUUCUCUCUGUGUGUGGUUGGCUAAUGAUUUUAUGUUAGUUAUGAAGAGUUGGUGGACAACUGAAUUGAUAUCAAAGAACAACAUUGUUGCCUCUUCUUCCCACAUCAGUAUCCCAUUCUGAGAGUAUGUCUAUACUUAAACCACUACAGUGGCCCAGCUGGAACAUUGCAGCGUUGCUGCUGUCUACGCUGCGUCAGGAGGGUUCUCUCGUUAGCAUAGGUAAUCCACCUCCCCAAGAAGUCUUUUCUCAACCUAGCACUGU